CCCUACGCGCCUCGUGCCCAGCAGCCGGGCUCAACCGUCUCCCCGUAGGAAGUCCUGAGCGGGACGAGCGCAGACGCCUCGGCUGCUGGUUGCCAUCGCCCGAGGGAGCUCUGCUGGUUAAGAUCUAAGAAGAAUUUUAUGGUGUGAAAAUGGCAUCAACAAAUGUUACACGUUCUCCUUUUGUGGAACUAGAUGAAUCCAGACAAGCAACCCCUUUUGAAAAGAUGAACAACGAAAUAUACCUUUACAGAGAUAUUGAAUGUACAGAGAAAGAAAUUAUUAAAAAAACUAAGCAGAGUGUGAAGACAUAUGAAAGGAGCACCAUUUCAUCAAGAGCCCGGUCUCGAAAGGCUUUGAGAAUACUAGAAGAAGCCACUGAACAAGAAACAACAGAAACAAUGGGAAAAGAUGUUCCUGCUCUGAACUGGGCGCUUGCUUUUGCAAAGUGUUGUCAAAGUGACAAACAAUCUAUAGCAGAUUACAUCAGUGAAGAGAAGGAGCUAUUUCUGUUGGAGUACUCUGUUAAAGUAAAACAGCGCACCAUGGCAAAGCUGGAGAAGAUGGCAGCAAAGGAGGAGAAGAGGGCCAGAAUUGCUGAAACAAAAUUAGAAGAAGAUACCCUUGCAUUUGAAGAGUUUCUCAAAGAAAAUGAUAGGAGUUCUGUAGAAGCCCUUAAACUGGCAACCCAAGAAGCAAAAUCUAAAAUGGAAGUGACAACAGAACUGAGGUCAGCAAUGAAUGAACUGUUCUCCCUUAAAAGUGAAAUUGCAAACACUGAAGAUCUUUUGAAGCUAUAUUUUUCCUACGAAGCCUUUUUGCUGAGUAUUUCUCCCAGAGCAUGGCAAGAGCAGCAGAUGGCAAAGAAGAAGAAAGACAAGAAAAGAGGCCAAUCAAAAUCCUUUAUUUCUUUCCCAUCAACUCCUGAUAAAUCCAAGUUAAUGACAAACACUGUUGUUUUAAAUAAUAGAUUAAAGUCCCAGCCUGCCAAGAAAGGGAUAGUAGGGAAAUCAGCCUCAGUCAUCUUUAACAAUUCUGAGGAAAAGAAGAAAGUUUCACAGGCUCAAGGAGACUAUAGGUUCUUUAAAAAGUCAUCACGAGUAGUACUGGAGCCAAAAUUAUUCAUGGAUGAGAAAAAUAAAUCAUCAGAAAGCUGUCUAAGUGAAAAAAGUAUCUCUCUAUCUUCAGAAGAUAAUUUUUCCUUGGAUGAUAUACAGAAUUGUGAGGAGGAGCCAGAGAUAUAUUUCAGAGACCCAGAAGAGUUACUUCAGAUGUUCAGAUAUCUUGAAGAGCAAAAUCUUUCAUUGUUCCAAAACAUUCAAGAUAUUAGUGGUACAUUGGAGGAAAUCCAGCAGAGAGAAAAAAUAGUUAAGCAGCAUAU